GCCUACACAGGUUUGGGGCGUCUGCAAGCAGGAGCGCCCAAAACUUGUUCUUAAUUUGCAGAAGCAUCAGUUUUCUCAUCAUGGGAAAUAGCAGAAUGGCCUCCCAUUUACCUUUGGUAUCGCUUUUUGUUGUGAAUUAGCUGUGUGUGUGGCGGGUGGCCCGCCAUCGGCUCCUUGGUGCUCUGGCCUCCCAAGGUCUCCCCCUGCCCUGGGGUUCCCGAGGCCCCUCGUGGGGUCCAGCUUUCAGGCGCUGUAGGUAAAGGACCCCUUUCUCCUAACCUUCAGUUUCAGCUCCACGGUCUCCUGCGGCCCUGGGCGGAUUGCUCAGCUAUCUGCCCGUCAGCACCCUCUCAGAGAGGAAUGUGCAGUGCUGCCGUGAUGUCAGAGGGGCCCGGGAGAAGGCCCGGGCCAAACCCAGCCUGUCACUCGUGCCUCACAGCAGAGUGGCCGAUAAGCAGAGACAAAGGCUCACAGCGAGCCUGCCUGGUGCUCGGGCUCCCCGCACAGCGCCGCGAUCCCUGAGGGUGGGCACCGCGGGGCGAGGCUGGAAGCUAGCGAGAGCAAUGGACUUGCAGACACCGCGGCCCGCGUGAGAACCAGGGCUCUGCGGCUCUUCCCGCUGUGCGCCCUCGUCCCGCCUGCCCAGGACGUCAGGAGCCUCCAGGGAGCGCGUGGGGGCCCGGGGGCUGCCGCUGUCCGUGUCAGGCAAGGCCUGCUCGACCGCCAUGGACAGGAAGCUUAACGUGCUGACUGAGAAGGUUGACAAACUCUUGCAUUUUCAAGAAGAUGUCACGGAGAAGCUGCAGUGCGUGUGCCGAGGCCUGGGCCACCUGGAGCAGGGCCUGCACCGCCUCGAGGCCUCGCGAGCCCUGGGCCCCGCUGCGGCCGAGCCCACGCCCCCAGGUGGCACGCAGGCCGGGUGGCCGGAGGUCGUGGAGCUGGUGAGGGCCGUGCGGCAGGACGCUGCCCAGCAUGGCGCCAGACUCGAAGCCCUCUUCAGGAUGGUGGUGGCCGUGGACAAGGCCAUAGCUUUGGUGGGGGCCGUGUUCCAGCACUCGAAGGUGGUGGAUUUCAUCAUGCAAGGGACUGUCCCCUGGAGGAAAGGAAGCCUGGCCGACACCGACACCGAGGGCCCUGCCGAGAACAAAGAGAGAGUGGAAGAGAAAGGAGCGAGACCGAAGCGUGCGCUGAGCAGCAGAGCUGUGCAAGCUGAGCUCGGGGGGCCUUGGGGAGAGAGCCCAAAGGCUGACCUGCUCGAGGGGACAGUGGAGAGACCGCCCCCCAUCAGCACGUCAGGAGUGGGAUCUGAUGUCCUCACCCAGCCGGAGGCCCAGCCAGGGCAGGGAGACGGAGUUCCUGGCCUGGACCAGGUGCCCCCUGGCCACCUGCUGCCACCCAGAGAGGCAGAGGCUGAAGCUCCAGGGGCAUCUGGCGAGAACCCUGUGCCUGGCCUGGAAUUGCCUGCAGCACCCACCAGGGUCAGUGAGGCCCCCGCCAGUCAGGAGGCUGCACCAGGACAAGGAACUCCGUCCAGCGGGCCUGACCCUCGGCCCUCAGAGGAGGGCGUGAAGCUGACUGCAGGGCCGCCAGCCCAGCCCACGGCAGCUCCCAGCGGUGGAGAAACGCGUCCCAAGAUCUCCAUCCACGUGCAGGAGACGGAUACUCCUGGGGAGCUGCUUGUGACACGAGGGGGCAGCCUCACACCCACAUCCCCUGUGGAGGCGCCAGCGGCUGCCCAGGCAGGCGAGCAGGACCCACCUGGGCCCAUGUGCUGCUCCCAGGCCCCUGGGACUGAGUCGGGAAAACAGAUCCCAAAAGAAGCCAGCGAGAUUUCCCCACUGCGCGAGCCGAGCGACAGUGGGGGAGCAAAGGCCGAGGAGAAGCAGCGGCCUGUGGCCGACCCCGCCCUGGGACCAAGCGGGGCCAGGAAGGACAAGGGAGACGACGAUGCCGGGGCCCCAGGCCCAGGAGCAGGGAACCAGAAGCCUGGGCCGGACUGCACCGCCGCCGGAGGCCUGGGCAGAGCCGAGGCUGGGAGGAGGACGCCCCUGGGAGCCGAGGCUGGCAGCGUGGUUCUGGAUGACAGUCCAGCCCCACCAGCCCCUUUUGAGCACCGGGUGGUGAGUGUCAAGGAGACGUCGACCUCAGCGGGCUACACAGUGUGUCAGCAUGAAGUCUUGGGAGGAGGCCGGUUUGGCGAGGUCCACAGGUGCACGGAGAAGUCCACAGGCCUCUCGCUGGCGGCCAAGAUCAUCAAAGUGAAGAGCGCCAAGGACCGGGAGGAUGUGAAGAACGAGAUCAACAUCAUGAACCAGCUGAGCCACGUGAACCUGAUCCAGCUCUACGACGCCUUCGAGAGCAAGAACAGCUUCACCCUGGUCAUGGAGUAUGUGGAUGGGGGUGAACUCUUCGACCGGAUCACAGAUGAGAGGUACCACCUGACCGAACUGGACGUGGUCUUGUUCACCAAGCAGAUCUGCGAGGGCGUGCAUUACCUCCAUCAGCACUACAUCCUGCACCUGGACCUCAAGCCGGAGAACAUACUGUGUGUCAAUCAGACAGGACACCAAAUAAAGAUCAUUGACUUCGGGCUGGCCAGAAGGUACAAACCUCGGGAGAAGCUGAAGGUGAACUUUGGGACUCCCGAGUUUCUGGCCCCGGAAGUCGUCAACUACGAGUUCGUCUCGUUCCCCACGGACAUGUGGAGCGUAGGCGUGAUCACCUACAUGCUACUCAGUGGUUUGUCCCCAUUUCUAGGGGAGACAGAUGCUGAGACCAUGAACUUCAUUGUGAACUGUAGCUGGGAUUUCGAUGCCGACACCUUUGAAGGGCUGUCCGAAGAGGCCAAGGAUUUUGUCUCCCGGCUGCUGGUCAAAGAGAAGAGCUGCAGGAUGAGUGCCACACAGUGUCUGAAACACGAGUGGCUGAAUAACUUGCCUGCCAAAGCUUCAGAAUCCAAAGUUCGUCUCAAAUCCCAGCUAUUGCUGCAGAAAUACAUGGCUCAGAGGACGUGGAAGAAACAUUUCUAUGUGGUGACUGCUGCCAACAGGUUGAGGAAAUUUCCAGCUGCUCCCUAAUGCUCGCUCUGCUGCUCCCACGGGCGAUUGAGACCAGUGGUGAAGUGAUGACUCAAGGUUUUAAAUAAUCUGGCCUUUUACUAAUAUUGGUUCCACUGAUUUUGUAAAACAAAAGGUUACGGCUGUUGCCUUCCUUGUGAGUGAAAAGUGGCUGUAAGAAAAGUGACUUGAGAACUUUUUUUCUGCCUUUUAAGGUCACUAAGUUUGAAAUGCUGUGUUUACUUUCCAAAUAUACCUACUUUGGGUGAUAAGUGUAGGCAGUGCAGUAGGGAGGUAGGGAAGCUUCUAUUUCGCAUAUGUCACAUUGAAAUUCUAAACAUUGGAGGAGCCUAGAGACUGUUACACGGGGUGUGUUAUUCAGCAUUAUGUCCUUCAGUACAGAGAACGCGUAGGCUUUGGAUUUACUCCGGUGUGCCUGGCGUUUUUCUAUGUGGCCCGCUGUGGUGUAGAGCUGCGUGGGGUGAGGCACCGGGUCUCAGGCCUCUUCUGACUUGUGCUCCCUUUUGAGAAUCAAAACGUUCCUCCUUUAACAGUGUUUAUAAUUUCAAAAGAUACCAGCUGUCAUGGCUACAUCAGAACAAUGGUCAUUUUGAGAGUACUUUAAAAAUCUGUACCCACCGCUGCCCUCUCCUCAUCCUGUCAUCCUGACGUUGGCAGCCCCACGCCGGGUCCCCCACCUCAGGCAUGCAUCUGUGGUCCUAGUAAGUCUGGUACCUGAUAUGCCAUGUGGGAAAGAGGCAAGAACGCAGUGACGUCAGCUUUCUGAGACACACAGAAUGAUGAUACCUCGUGAGACGACAGGGACACCGUCCCCUACUGCUUUUAUGGAGGAUGUGCGACUUUCAGCUCUGUCAUUUAGCUGACUUGUAAAAUGAUUAACAAGGAGCACUCUGCUAUUCACAAGUACACAAUCCUUUUAAUGUCCUCGCUUCUACCUGAUGUUUGUGCUGUUUCCGACCUCUCAGGUCAGCAGGUUGAGGGGGAGCUGUUAAUUAGCCGUGCAGCAGUCUCGUAGCCUUUCAGGAAUUUUGUCCAAAUAAAGACUUUUUUUGGCAGAGGACAGGGAUGUGGGGAGGGAGGCAGAACGUGGAGAGGUUAAUGCCGCUGCUACAGUUCUCCAGCUGACCAUCCUCUGGAACGCUCACCCGUGGGGAGCUAAGAUUCCAGUCCAGCAUGUCUAGGCCUGCCCCAGGCCGGCCCGCUAACGGAUAAACACCAGAGCUGGCUGCGGGGAAACCUCCCUCUCGUGGGGGAGUAACAGGGAAUUGGUCAAAGGCUUUAUUUUGAAGCAUCAGUUACCGCUCUGAAAAAGGCUUUUGAGGGCAGCCUGCAGGAGGCGCUAGAGAGGAUGGAUAGAUUCUAGUUUUAUCUACUAUAUAUAUAUAUAUAUAUAUAUAUAGUUUGGUUCUUGGGGAGUGGUCUGAACCUUCUUCCCCAGACAACUGUACUUAGGUACCAUGAUCUAGAAUACCAUUGUCCAACAGAAAUACGACAUGAGCCCUAUAUGUACUUUAAAAAUUUCAAAUAGCUCCUCCAAAAACAAAAGCUUGGUGACAUUAAUUUUAAUAAUUUAUUUAACACAAAAAAUCAAAAACAUUAUUUCAAUAUGUAAUCAACAUAAAAAUUAUUAAUGAGAUACUUUAUAUUCAUUUUUUCAUACUGAGUCUCCAAAAUCUGGUGUAUGGUUUAUACUUAAAAUACAUUUCAAUUCAGAUACGAGGUUUUCAUCAGACAUACUUAAUUUGUAUUUAGAUUUCAUACAGUUUACUGUGGAAAAAUAUACUCACAUACUCAAGUUGUUCGAAACAUCUUCAACAUUUUCUAAUAAUUGAAUUAAACACCCAUUUUUACAUUUAAUUAAAAUGAAAUAAAAUUAGAAAUUCAGUCCUGUAGUUGUUAUUUGCUACAUUUUAAGUGCCUAUGAGACACAUGUGGUUAGUGGCUUCUGUAUUGGACAGGACAGAUACAGAAAGAAUCCUUUAUCAAAUUCUAAUUAUUUUUUCUUCCAUAUGCUGUUCUUUAUCUAGAGAAACAAUUUCUCUCCAAAAUCCCCUUGAGGGGUGUAUUUAGAUCAGGUACACACAGGUAAUGUGGAUUUUAGCCUCCCUUAUCUGAAAUUCGAGGGAGCUUUUAUGAAGCUUUAAUUUUCUGGAUAUUUUUAGUUCUGUACUUUGCUGGUGUGUACUUAGCUCAGAGUUUUUAGAUUGCUGCUGUGCCAGUAUCAUCUAUGUCUAAUGGGACUUUUCCACGUGAAGGAACAGUCACUGGACAGUGCUGGGCAGAGAAACUGUAAAAGGUAGUCAGGACCCACUUUUCUCACCUAUCGGAUUGGUGACAGUAUCAUGGAGAAAUGGAAACUUUCCACUCUGGGUGGAUGUGUAUCAAAAUAAAAGCCAUGCCCACACUUUCACCCAACAAUUCCAUUUCUAAAAUGUAUCCCUCAGCAAUGCUUGAACGAGUGGACAGAUUUAUGCAAAAUGAUGCUUAUUCUAGUAGUGUUGCCAACGACACAGUGAAAACAGCCAGUGGGUUUAGUUCACUAAGUUUUGCCGCAUCCAUAUAGGGGAUUCCUUGCAGCUAUUAAAGACCCAGCUAGAUGCACUGACCGCCAGCUUUUCUUUUUUCUUUCUUUUCUUUUUUGGUUUCAAACAGAGCUAGGAUAUUUUGGGAGAGCUUGUUUGAAGGCAGUGAUUUGAAAUUAAAGCUAUUUCAUAAUUUUGCUCCUUUUCAGAGUUACGGAGAGGGUAAUUAAGUUUAAGCUUCAGCCCCUUCUGAGGGGUCCUUGCAAUGUGUUCACACAGUCGUAUGUUUUGCAAAUCCAGAAAAAGUAAGGUGGUCCCCCAAAUUAUAUAAGCUUCUAGCCCCACAAAACCUGCUAUCAAAUCCAACCCUUUUAAGUAAUCAGCAACCCAUGGGUUAGCUCAUUUAAAAAUCCGUGUGUUGAUGUAAGGAACAUCUAAACCUGUAUGGAAUUUCUAUGAGUUUAUUUUAGCCAAACUGACGACAUACGUCAGGGAGCAAGAUCUCAAAUGCUCCCGACAGCCAUCUUUUCAUUACAAGAAAACUGUACGACCUUUAUAUGGCAUCAUCCCAUUUGUGGAGAGACAUAUGCUUAUACAUGCAUUAACAUUUUCUAGGACAUGGAAGAAACUUAACAGUGGGGAACGGAAAGUGGGUGAUAGGGCAAAGGGAAUUCCACUUUUCACUGUAAAACUUUCUGAAUCGUUUGAAUGUUUUUUUUUAUAAUGAGCAUGUAUUGCUUUUAUAAUUAAAAAUUAGCAACCCAGUU